CCGCAGCUCCCUCUGCGACUCUGUAUAUCAUCUAUAUAUUUGUACUAUAUAUAUUAUUUCUUUUGUUAAAAGCAAGACGCUAGCGCUUUUUAAAUACUGGCGGUCAUUGUCAGUUUCUUCUGUGUUUUCUUUGCGAUCAGCGUCUCUGCGCUGCUUGAGAGCCAGUCGUUGUGUCCCUGGAGCAUUGCUGGCAUUUCACCUGAACUUCGUGCAGCGCUUCAUCACCACUUGUUGCUUCUUUCGUCGCCAAGAUGAAUUCACACAAGCGCCGUUUGCUAGCAUUGACAGUGAUUUUGACUGAACUGAAAGACGAUGAAAUGUUCUACGCCAACGCAAAACGGCACAAGAAGGAUCACACAGGUAGAGAAGGGCCAGACGCACACAGCAAGCAGCUGCUGGCGGACCGCCUGAAUGCUGGUCCAAACGAUUACAGGAACCUGCUGCGCGUGAGCAGGGAACAGUUCUUACACUUGCUGUCUCGUGUGCGUGCGGGGAUCCAAAAGGACAAGAGUUCCACGCACCGUCACAUAUCGGCGCAGACGCGGCUUCAAGUGACAUUGCGCUACCUCGCGUCAGGGGAGCUGCCCCAAUCACUGGGCGAGCAGUUCAAGCUGGGAUGCGCAGAUGUGGGUGCCCUCAUCCAAAAAACCUGCACUGUCAUUUACAAAGAGCUGAAAGAUGACUUCAUGAGAGCGCCGAAGACUGAAGAAGACUGGAAGGAAGUAAUGAGGGUCUUCAAGGACAAGUGCAACUUUCCAAACUGUGUGGGUGCGCUUAGUGGAAGACAUGUGGUGAUUAAGAAGCCAUCAAAAUCUAGCGGCAUGUACAUGAACUCUAAAAAGACAUUUAGCCUAAUUCUUCUCGCUGUUGUGGAUGCAAAUUGCAAGUUCAUCUACAUUGAUGUGGGUGCAAAAGGAGCUCAGGAAGCCAACGAGGUGUGGCAGGCGACACCUCUGCACAAGGCUCUCAGCAGCAACAAGGCUCGUCUGCCAGAAGUUGUGAAGGUGGCAAGCUCUCCCGACAUCCUUCUGCCACCUGUGUUCGUAACGGACGACCCGUUGCCACUUGAGAGGCAUGUAAUGAAGCCUUUCGGAGGCACCAACCUCACACAAGACAAGAGAAUGUUCAAUGACAGGUUGUCCAGGGCCCGACAGGUCGUGGACGAUGCCUUUGGGACGAUGGAGAACCGCUUCGGCUGCCUUCGAAACGUCAUCCAAGAGAGGCCCGAAAGGGCUGCUGCCAUAAUAUAUGCAACCUGCGUGCUUCACAACUUUCUGGGCAAUAGCGUGCCCUCUCCACCAGGUGCAAGCGCCGAGGCCAGCUGUGGUAGUUCGACGUUCUUUGGCUUCCCUUUGUCUUGCGGAGACACUUCGUCAGAUGGGGCUGCCAUACGAGAUGACUUAACGGUGUUUUUCAACAGAUGAGCAAGUUGCUGCGUUGUGACAAGACAGAGGCUCCUUAUUUAAAUAUGUAAGUUAUGGCAAAACUUUAAAAAUGCAUCGCAAGAGUCUGAUGCAAAAAUAAAAGAGCAUUCAAACAGC